AUGGAGUCUUUGUUUUGCGAUGCUCAGUCCGCUGCCGACAACAUCUUCUUGGUGGAUUUCAAGCUCUACAGCGAUCUUCAGGAUGCACUGGCAGACAACAAUCCCUGGGACUUCUGUGGCUUUGAUGGCUCCGGCUUUCCAGGCAGUUGCAGCUCUGAAGGGAAGGCACGGACAGGGCAGGCCAACUACAUCCCAGUGACUGGCUGUGAAGCCAACGUGACUGGCAACAACGUGACUGGCAAGGCCGUGACCUUUGAGCUCUUUGAGGAUGAAGAGAUGGAGGUGGAAGAGCUCCAAGCAGAGGCGGAGGAAGAAACGGAGGAGGUCAGAGACGCGGUACUGCCCUCGGGUACCGUGGCGGCUGAGGGCCUAACAGCCUGGUUCAGGAGCGAGGACGCAGGUCCAACUUGGAAGAGCUCUGUGGGAUCCUUCAAGGCGGAAGUGAACAACGGGCUUGUGCGCUCGGGCAUGCGGCACUAUGGGGCUGAGAUGAAACACAUCUAUGGCGACAGCCAAGCCAGCUUCGGCUUUGGCGACAUCCUCCCCAGCACCUACACGAUUUGCUCCCUGAGCGCCUACACGGGCAUUGCACAGGGAAAAAUCCUCCGGGCAGAGCCGCUGGGGCUGAAACGAUGGAUUUGGGGGUUCCAAGUCUGA